UAUUUUAUUUUAAUGUUUUUUGGUCCCCACAUGAAUCUUUUCACUGUUUUGUAUAACUAUGCCAUUUUUUUUUUCCACCUGAGUGAUGUUGAAAGCUCUUAAUGAUCUUCAAGGAACUUCAUAAUUUUAUUUCUGUUUAAUGUUUGAAACCCAUUUUUUCACAUACCCUUAAACUGUUCUUUUUAUUUGGAUUCAGCCUUACCCUUUUAGGAACAAACCAUGUUAUGUAGGAAUGUUCCUUUGUGAAUACAUGCACAUCAAUAUCUUUUGGUUUCAAUCCAAUGUGAUCCAUCUCAAGAAUGAAAAACUGAAUCUUAUAAUUUAAUAUGUCAUGAAUCAUCAGAUUAAACAAGUAAAAUCAUGGUUAUCAAAGUGAAAAGUGAAAUAGUAGUGCAUGUUUAUGAAUUUUGUUAUCAAAAUUGAGUUAACUUGCUCAUAAAUUCGUUUGUGUCAACUCGGAAAACUCAAUCUUGAAUUUGAGGAUGGCCGAGAGCCAAAAUCUGCUGUACUGGCUCCUUUGUGGCACCGUCAUAUCGGAUUAUGGCGGAAAAUCCAGAUAUUUUGGCUGAAAUUGGGCAUGGUGGAGAGCCCAAAAACCGCCAUGGCCAUUGGCCAAUAUCUCACAACACUGAUGGCAGUGAUUUGGUGUUUCCUGAAAAACUCAAACUGUAGCAGUGGAAUGAUAAGACCAUUAUGAAUAGUGAGCAGCUUAAGAACGGUCAACAAGAAAAGAGGUGCAGGAAUUUUCAUGAAAACUUUGAUCUGAAUGUAACUGCUGAAGAGCUGGAGGACGAGCCUGAUUUGCAGUGUGAAUUAGCAGAAAACCACUAUAGCCAAUAUAGUGAGUUAUCUGAAACGACAGAGAAGCAUGUAGAUAACCGCAGUAUGGAAGCCAACAAACAUGAAGAACAGGUGCCUCAGGCAAAUACUUUUGAGGGAUGUGUUGAUGACUUGUUCAUUCUAGCACAAUCUGCUGAAAUAUUAGCAGCACAGACGGAAGAUAGUGUGGCUAAGACACAUAUAAACACCGAAAAUCAAGAUCAGGAGUGCUCUCAAGAACUACUUGAUGGAUCGGUUUCUCAUGUGAGUAGUGAAAGGUGUGGACUUUGUUAUGAAGUUACAGGAACGCGCUUAACUCAAAUCCGAAAGCAAGCUAGAUUUAAAUAUCGUAUAUUGGAUCAUGAUAGGGCAGAUGAUAACCAAUUCAAACAUUUACAAAGAAAAACAACCUGCCUGAGCCAAAUGAAGCAACAAGCUAGAUGUAAAAGUAAGAAUGAUUUGUCCUCACUGCAAAUGAUUAAUGGACCCGAAAAUAAGCAGCGGCAAGGAAGGAUACUUCGACUGAGUCAGAUGAAAAACCAAGCUCGUUCCAAAAAUAAUGCAACGGUGAAAGAGGGGACUGAGGAACAUGUUUGUGUAAACAAACAUUGCAACAGAUGUAGAGUGAAGCGGGAUAAUGAAAAUCAUAAUAAGGAAUGUCAACAUGUUGCAAGGCGAUUAAGGUCAUUCAAGACUAAAAAACAUAGGCAACAGUUGACGACAGAGUGCGUAAGAAAUUCUGCUGAUACAAGAUCGCAAGCUAGUGGAACUAUGCUAAAAGAUAAGAAUCUAAUAACAUGUCAACAAGAGCUACCUCAAACCUAUGGAUGUACCGAAAAUUUAGAAGCAAACUUUGGCACAAAUAAACUUGAAGGGAAUUACGGAUCAAAUGAAUCGUCAGGGGUCAGAUACAAAUCUCUUCAGCAUAUUCCAAGUGGACUUCCGGUGCAAAAGAAUGUACUUUUGUUCACUGGAUUACCAAAUUACACAUUCCAUCAAUAUGAUCCAAAUAUGGGAUGGACGUUGUACAUGCAUCAUGUGCAGCUCAUGGAACAUCACAGGGUUGUUGCACGCCAGCAUAGAGCAGAGCGAAUCGAAGAGAAAAGGGCAUUGAAGUAUAAGCAACAAACAUCAAAGAAUCCUUUACUAGCAGCAAAUUCUGAAGCACAUAAGGAAAAGUUACCUGUAAAAAGAUUACGCUUAACUCAAUUGAGACGUGAGGUUCGUAUAGGGAAUCAAUGUUCUGCCAUGCAAGGACCUGAUGAAAAUUAGAGAUGUAAUUUGGUUGGUAGCAAACAUUUUAGAGGGCUAGAAUGUAUACAAGAACAUGUCCUUCAAAUCUGCUAUGGAAAAUUUGUGCUACCAUAUAUAUUUUUCAAUGAACUAUUUUCAGAUGAUGUUUUGUAUAGACCCCCAGGCCAUGACAAAAUUCUGAUUAGUUUUAUUUGUGGUAAUUUAUCUUGAGAUGUAUAUAAAUACAAAACUAGAUAUGGAAAAACAAAAAUGUCAUGAUUCUAAGGGUUAUCUUACAUUAUCAUCUAUACUCAGUUUUCCAGUUAGCUCCAUGAACAUAGAAUUAAAUGA